GCCUUCUCAGCUGUCUCCGGCGCUGCGCUUUAAAUAGCGGCUGUUUAAAAGCGACCCACCAUUCUCCCGUCUGCUGCGCAGCUCUCAGUCUCCUCCUCGGCACAGCGGUACCCACUCAUUCACACAUUACUCCAAGAAGAAAGCCCAAACAAUCCCGCAAUGUCGGUCGCCAGCACUGAGCCCAGCGCCCCGCUGCCGUCCGCCGGCAGCCGCGUCUUCUUCCAAGGUGCGCCCGUAGUUGGCUGCGUGGGGACCGGCCCCAUCUCCACCGGCGACGACCCGGUGCAGAGGAAACAGGGCAAAGUGACCGUCAAGUACGAUAGGAAGGAGCUGCGGAAAAGACUGGUCCUGGAGGAGUGGAUCAUCGAGCAGCUCAGCGAGCUGUAUGACUGCGAGGAGGAAGAGAUGCCAGAAGUAGAGAUCGACAUCGAUGACCUGUUGGAGGUCAACAGUGACGAUGAAAGAGCCAGCAAACUACAGGAAUCAUUAAUAGACUGCUACAAACCAACAGAGAUCUUUGUCCGUGAUCUGCUGGGCAGGAUAAGGGGAAUGAGAAAACUCAGCGCGCCAACUAAGAAGGGCCUAUAAUGGCUGUGAUGUCAGCCAUCAAUCAGCCAUCAUCUACGUCAUCUCAGCUACACCUACUUAACCCAUCCAACAUGGACUGUCAUCGCACAGAGUAGCUUAUUUAAACAGCAUUAGUAACCAUUUCGCAACCUGCAAACAGGCACCAUAAACUCCAAGCAUAUAGCACUAGUCAUUCAUUUCCCAAUCACGUAGAAUAACCAGGUGUAUUUAUUAUAUUUGACUGUUUAAAAAUUACAGGAGGAAUACCACCUAAUUCCAUAUUUCAGAGCCAUGUUACAAGCUGAAGCUGUAAUCCAAACAGCCAUAAUGACGAACACACCAACAAGAAGGGAGGUAGUAAUAAAAUGUUUGUACUGCAGUCAGUGUGAAAUUAGCUGUGGCACUAUGUAAACACAGUGCUACAUGAUUUUGUCUUUUUUUUUUUUUUACUGGAGGUGUUUUGCUGUUAGUUCUUUAAAAAAAAAAAAAAAGUACUGUACGUUGCCAUUUAUUGUUCCCGUGAUUGAAAUGUGGUCUUCAACAGUAAUUGUCCUACUUUAAAGUCCCCCUGCUUACCCUUACUCCGCCAGUGCUUGCAAAUAUAAGAGAGCCCUGUAGUUUUAUUUGAAGCACAAGGCGUUAAUACAUCAAUUUUGCCCUUUUGUGAUGUGUAAACUAUGGAAAGAGUGCAGACAUUUUAGCACGUGAGGCUAAAAUAGUGUGAAUAGUUGAGCUUUUUACCCACUGUUCUAGUAUACUUUUCACCACAGCAAGGCAUGAUGGGUGUUGCGGUUAUCUGCGUGAGACUACAAAACCUGUAUGAUUGGCAGCCUUUCACUUAUGUUAUGCGGUGUUGUCCGUUGUUCUCCCUCAUCAGAAUACAUAUUGUUUAGGUUUAAGCACAAGGCCAAUACAUUGUAGUUGCUUGGCACACGCUGGUCCACUUAACUCUGCUUGCCUUCGAAGGACGUUCAGGAUCAGUUCCCUUUCUUCUCAGCACUGAACCUCAACGACUGACCACCUUAAAAAAGGCAGACCGUGACACUUAAAACCGGUCAGGUUCUGGAAGGUGUGCCAAAGCUGGGAGUAUUCCAUCUUAAAUGUCAUACAUCACGGCAGCAUUAGUGCGACACGGCAUUUGUUUGUCAAAUUUGGAAGAAAACAACUUUGAACGGGCGCAGAAUUUUAAGAUGUUUGAAACCUUUCCAGGUUGCAGAUAAUAUGUUGUUGUUGCAUAAGCCUGGGUUUAAGAGGGGGAUUUAGUUGAUUAUUGUUGUCUUUGUGCACCAACACGCUCUGGUACAGUCAUGACUCUGCUAUGGGGUUGUGCCCAGUUUCACUUCCAAGCAGUCAAUCGUGUACCGAGUGGAACGGAGCAGACUUAAAUCUGCUAUAUGAUAUACCCUCAGCAGGGCUUGUUUCAUUUUAGCAGAACACUUGAAAAGCAGCCAUCUUGCAUGCCAACAACAGAGAGAAAAGAACACUGAUAAAGAGUAUAGAUAUUAUAAACUUAUAAUCAAGCAAAAAAAAAA